CAAACUCUUUUUGAGAUCAGCUGUCAAAUAUUUAAAUUUAUAUUUUUCAUGAUUUUUACACAUGUCACUCUAAAAUAAAUGGCUAAACGUUUCGUGCGUGUUUUCAUUCGGGCUAUAUUUCAUGUAAUUUCCUACAUCUGGCGACCGUUAAUUAAAAUGGAAAUAUUACGAAAAGAACGAGGUAUAGCCAGGAGGCUUUUUACAACCGCGAAAAACGAAUUUGAAGCUAAUUUAGAGUCAACAAAUAUCGACGAAAUCACCGCGGCCUUCAACAAACUCCAGCUUCGAGCCGAUUCCCUGUUCAACGUUGACCUACGUAUAAAAGAACAGUGGCUAAAAACGGACGAGAUGACUGAAGAUGAAAUUUAUGAAGAUUGCAUGACCAGCGAUAAGUAUCUAAGCGACUGGGAGCGUAUAAAAGUCAUGUACGAAAACGUUUCUCGGAAGAACGAACGCAUGAAGAGGUUUUGCAAGUCUAGCGGCAGCGAUGUGUCGAAUAACACACAAAAAUCUCAUCAAUGUUGUGAGAAGUCGGCAUGCAAUAGUGCUUGUCAUUCAAGACGAUUCCGUCUACCGAAAUUUGAGUUACGGAAGUUUGACGGCAAUACGAAAAAUUGGAUUGGUUUUUGGUGUCAAUUUCAGAAAAUCGACGACGACGAGACAAUAGACGAUGGAGAUAAGUUUCAGUACCUUUACCAGUGCACUGUUCCAGAUACUCCAGCGCGAGAGAUCGUCGAGAGCUUUCCGCCGUCGGGAGAUAACUACAAGAAGGCUGUUGAGCAAUUGAAGUCCAGGUUUGCACGUGACGAAAUGUUGAUCGACAUUUAUGUGCGUGAACUGCUUAAUCUUGUACUAGCACAAGCAAAAGUUGAGUCCGCCUUGCCCGAAUCUGUUUUACGAGCAUGGCAGAGAUCCCAUGUACUGGAGGAGAAGGGCGACGAUCAUCUGAACCAGCUUAUGCAGUUCCUGAAACGCGAAGUGGAGUCGGAGGAGCGGAUCCAGCUCGCGCGCACCGGGAUAGCAUCGGGUGACAGUUUGCAUAGCGUUUCUACUCAACCCACCGCGGCAUGCUUGGUGUCAACGGAAGACGCAGAAAAUUUAGACUUGAAACCUGUCGGCAAAGAAAUCGUGUCAAAUUGUCUUUUUGGCGGGAUUGAAACUAAGAAGGAACUAUUUCAUACCUACGAGUUAAAGCUAGCAAGCUUGGAUAAGAAAUUUGAAUGUACAAUGACCGCGCGAGACAAGUCUACGCUCUGCGGGUAUGUUCCUCGUUUAAAUGUAGACCAUGAGAUGAUUAAAGAGUUGCAGAAACAUAAUAUUACGCUGAGCGACGUCGGCGAUGCGGCAGCACCUGACAUCGGGCUGUUGAUCGGCGCAGACCACGCAGGCGCGUUGCUCACGGAAAGUUUCGUGAAUCUGAACAAUAACCUCGUGGCAAUAAAGACUAAAUUUGGAUGGACACUUCAAGGACCCAUUAUGAACGCAUGCAGUGUCUUGACGAACGUAGUAUUGGUUAAUUUUCAGUUAUCUGAGCUUUGGGACUUGGAAACUCUCGGAAUACGGGACCCAGUGGAAGUUGCAAAUAAGGCAAAAACAGACACUAUCAUAUUGGACCAGUUUAGAGAAUCGAUCAAGAUUAAUGAUGAAGGACGGUACGAAGUUGACUUACCGUGGAAACCACAUCGUGGAGAACUCCUUGACAACAAACAUUUAGCUGAAAAAAGAUUGAUGUCAACAACGCAAAAGCUACUGAAGCUGAACGAGUUUGAUAACUAUGGACAAGUCUUCGAAGAUUGGUUAAAAGAGGGCAUAAUCGAAGAAGUUGGUGACACAUCGAAGCCUAAACACUACCUUUGCCACCAUGCUGUCAUCAAGAAUACAAACCUCACUACGAGAGUGCGUCCUGUUUUUGAUGCUUCAGCUCGAGAUUACAACGGAAAUUCUCUUAACUCGUUCCUAGAAAAGGGCUUAAAUUGUCUUGAAUUGAUUCCGAAACUACUAAUAAAGUUCAGAAAACAUGCGAUUGGGAUAACGUCUGACAUUAAAAAAGCUUUUCUACAGAUAUCGUUAAAAAAAGAAGAUAGACAAUAUCUGUCAUUCCUGUGGUGGAGGAAUAACGAAAGGAAAGCAUUCACAACCUACCGUCACUGUCGUGUUGUGUUUGGCGUGACGUGCAGUCCAUUUCUUCUAGGUGCGACUUUAAAUUACCACUUAGAGAAGUACACCGAAGAUUUUAAAGACACAGCCAAACUACUGAAAGACUCUUUCUAUGUUGACAACUGUGUGACCAGUCUAGAAUCGGAAGACGAAGCCAAAACCUUCAUAGAAGAGGCAAAGAGAGUCAUGUCAGAUGCGAAAUUUGACUUAAGAGGUUGGGUGACUACUCCAAUGGCCAAAUAUAUGGAGACUAAUUCGCUUGAAGAUAAAUUGUCUGUACUCGGCCUUAUGUGGGACGUCAAUAUGGACCAACUACAUUGUAACGUCAGCUUUGCACAUAGUACUGCCUUGAUGGAAAACGUCACAAAGAGAAGUCUACUCUCAAUUACUCAGAAAGUUUUCGAUCCAGUUGGUUUUGCAUGCCCAGUGACACUUGUGCCUAAGUUAAUACUACAGAAGACUUGGAAUUUGCGUCUUAGUUGGGACAGUGAACUACCAGAUGACUUACAAAAGGAAUUUUUCGAUUGGUCUAAACAUAUUCAUUUGCUAAACGAGUGCCGGAUUCCACGUAGACUUACUUGUAAACCAAUAAAUAAAUGUGACAACAGUCUACAUGUCUUCAGUGACGCUAGCAAGGUGUCAUUUGCAACUGCUAUCUUCUUACGAAGUGAUUGUGAAGGAGAAGUCACUGUCCAACUGGUACAAGCCAGAUCACGCGUACUACCAAUUCGUGAGGUCAGCAUCCCGCGCGCGGAACUGAUGGGAGCAUUGAUUGCGACACGGUUAUACCUUCAAGUUAAAGAAGCGUUGGAUCUGUCAAACUGCCGCGUAUUCUUCUGGACUGAUGCAAGUGUGGCUUUCACCUGGAUUACCUCUGAGGGAGACUGGAACAUAUUUGUCAAGAACAGGGUAAAAGAAAUCCGACAACAUACAAACGUGGAAAAUUGGCGUCACUUACCUGGCUUGUUGAACCCUGCUGACUUACCAUCUAGAGGCUGCAAUGCCAGACAACUGCUGAAGAGCAAAUGGUGGGAGGGACCUGCUUGGUUAAAAGCAAAGGAAAGUGAAUGGCCUAAAUCUCAACUGAAUGUAGAUGAGCAAGAAGUCAACAAAGAAGCCAGGAAAGUAGUUCUCGCUAACAACACUACAGAUCAUAGUACAUUUCUGUCUACACUGACUUACUUCUCUAAAUAUACUAUGAUAGUAAGAAUGGUCGGGUGGAUAUUGAGAUUUUCGUACAACUGUAAAAAUACACAUAAUAAGAAAAGUGGUGAACUGACCUGUGAAGAGUUCCAAUGUGCUGAAAAGAGACUCCUGAAGAUUGUUCAAGCCGAAAUGAUAGCAGAGGUGGACCCAAAGAAGAUGAAGGAUCUGAAAAUAUUUAAGGAUGAAGAAGGCUUAAUGAGGAUUCGUACUAAAUUAGUUCUAAGCGAUGAGCCUGCUGACUUUGUCUGUCCGAUUUACAUACCAGGCAAACAUUUCAUAAUCCAAAGAUUAGUAGCUUCCAAACAUCGUCUGAUGUACCAUGCCGGCCCUGCUAUACUAAUGGCAGCACUCAGAGAGACAUACUGGAUCACAGGAAUUAGAAGACUCGUCAGUUCAACCGUUUCUAAAUGCAUACCCUGCAAGCGGCUCUCGGUGAAACAUGCUGAUACACCUUUACCGCCUUUACCUCGUGACAGAAUAAAACGGGCUGCCGCCUUUGAAGUGACAGGUAUAGACCUAGCUGGUCCUCUUUUUCUGCGGUCGGGAGGGAAGGUAUGGAUAAUUUUAUUCACGUGUGCAGUUUACCGAGCCGUGCAUCUCGAAUUAACCAAAUCGCUGACGACAGAAGCCUUUCUCAUGGCCUUACGGAGAUUUAUCGCAAGGCGUGGAAGAGUUGACACAAUAUACACGGAUAAUGGUACUAACUUCCACGGUGCUGAUAACCUUCUGAAGUCUUUGGACUGGCAAGAGAUUGCGGCUUAUUCCAGCGUGAGGAACAUUAAGUGGAAGUUCAGUCCUCCUGCAGCGCCAUGGUGGGGAGGUUGGUGGGAGCGCCUCAUACGCUCUCUGAAGGACCUCCUGAGACGAAACUUAGGCCAGAAGACAUUAACGUACGAAGAGUUGAUGACCUUGAUGCAAGAUUGUGAAGCGUUAAUUAAUUCAAGACCUUUAACGUACAUCGCGGACAAUUCUGAUAAGUUAAAACCCAUCACUCCCGCGUGUUUCACGCAAGGGCUUCCUUCGAGCGAGGUGCCGGAUUUAGACCAACUCGACCGUGAUUCUCUCAACAGACGCCUCAGGUAUCUUCAUAAGUUGAGGGAAGAUCUAAGGGAAAGGUUUCAGAAACGAGUACAUGGGGAUGCUCAUCCAGAAGGGCAAGGAGAGGGACUCAUAUUUAAGGGUAGGUGA